ACCCAACUGGCCAAUCUCCUCAAGAUACAAAUCCAAAUUUCACCAUUUAUAUGACCGUGGACCUUUUGGAGGGCUUUGAGUGUCGGGGCAAGACAACGUUCGAGGAUUGAUUGAGAGCGGCACGAUCAGGAAAACCCAGUUUUAUCACUCAACGAGCACAUCAAAUUAUCUGGUCUAGGAGAAGCCAUGCGGCAACAUGAGGAUGAAGACCCCAAGUUUGCACCGAGACCCGUAGUUUUGAUCACGGGCGGGACAGGUGCGGUGGGACACGGGAUUUGUUUGAGGUUGUUAUACCAGCUAUCUCAGCCCUUUCAACUCGACCUAUCAUCCGCAUAUCAUCUCAAAUCUGAGCAGGAGAGAAGGGAGGAGAUCGAGCAACAGAGGGGCGAGUUGGAUGAAGAUUACCAGUCGAUCUAUGGCACCCCGAAUGGAUUAACAUUACUAGUGGGAUGUCGGAGUGAGAGCAAGUGUCGGACGACGCAGAUCGAGCUUGAAAAAGGACUUCGGAAGCUGAUCGAGGCCGAGGGAAAGGACGAGCAGGAGGACCUCAUCUUCAGCUAUAUCGACCGUCAGUCCGGACAGGUCGAGACAAUGACCUUCUACGAGUAUCGAUCGCGUUGGCUGGAUCAGUUAACCAUCGAGUGGGUACCCAUGGACCUCUACCAUGCCCAAUCGGUCGUCGAUGCCGUCAAACUCGUCAACCAGCGAUACGGCUAUCUCACCCAUCUCUUAUUAAACGCCGGCGGUGGACCGUUCGUAGGGAUCGACUGGAUCGGACUCGUCAAAGCGUUUCUCCGCAACUUCCUUAAUGCGCUCACAUAUCCAGAUUACUUGAUCCAAGCAAGAGAAGCGAAGGAGACGGUCGACGGGAUCCCAGAAACCUGGCAAUUGAACGUGUUCAGUCAUUACCUAUUGGCCAGGGAAUCUCUCCCAUUAUUGGCCAAAGGGUCUAAGCGAACAUCGAGUCGGACCAGGAUCAUCUGGACGGGUUCGCUGGAUGGACAGCCGGCCUUCUUCGAUCGGAAAGACCUCGAAUGUUUCCAUUCCACCGCCCAUGCUUAUCAAAGUACCAAGUACCAGUCCGAGCUCGUCGGUCAAGCUUUCCAAGACGUCAUCGCCAAACACGGCCUCGAUUCCUCCGUUGUCAGUCUCGUCGCUCAUCCCGGCGUGGUCGCGGGCAAUAUGUUUUUGCCGAUCAUAGGAAGACUGAUGGACACGAUGAUGAGAUGGGUGUUCUACUUUGCCCGUUUAGUGCUAGGAUCACCGCACCAUUUAAUUGACGGCUAUCUGGCAGCACUAGUAUGGACCAAACUGUGUCUCACAACCGACCACAUCACCAACGCACGAUCGAAUGAGAAAGCAGCAAACCAGGCGGAAUCCGAUGGAGCGGGAAGAGGGGGGAGUCUGAAUUGUCGCCACUUCAGGUUCGGCGCCCAGUGCAACCGCUGGGGCCGGCCUUAUGUCGUCCUGGAGGAUUGUGUCCCAGCCCAGGAUCGCGUCGACCAGCGCCUCACCGACCAACGCUUGGUUGUUGAUCAUUGUGACCGCAAGGCUGACGCUUUGAUGCGUCUUUGGGCUUCCUAGUUAACAAUUCCUUGAAAACUUGUGUUUCAGGAACUGGGCCAAUCCAGUAAGAACACCUCUUUUCUGUCAAGACCUCCUCAAUAUCAAUUUUGUGUAUAUAACGAUGUCCCACAAGGACGGCACGGGCUCUCUUGUCAAGGACAAUGAUUGAGGGGUGGGUUCUGUCGAAGACUGAAAGAUCCAUAGAUUUUUUGGGUUUCAUUGUCGCACUUUCCUCAUCGCAAUAUAUCUUUCUAUCAUCAAUCUGUACUAUCCUACCCCAUCUUGCAAUCCAACAAACCUAUACUUAAUUCAUUUCUGCUGUCGGUGGAUCCUCUAA